CCACAGAAAAUCACAGCACCCCUUAUCUAUGCUGUUUCCAUUGCUGCCAUUGGAUCUCUCCAGUUUGGGUACAACACUGGUGUCAUCAAUGCUCCUGAGAAGAUCAUCCAGAGGUUCUUCAACAGAACCCUGUCAGAACGAAGUGGGGAGGUUGUCUCCCCAGAGCUUCUCACCUCUCUGUGGUCACUUUCUGUGGCCAUCUUCUCAGUGGGAGGUAUGAUCGGCUCCUUCUCUGUCAGUCUGUUCGUCAACCGAUUUGGCAGGAGGAAUUCCAUGAUACUGGUGAACAUCUUGGCCUUUGUUGGUGGCACUCUCAUGGCCUUCUCUAAGAUGGCAAAGGCAGUGGAGAUGCUGAUUAUUGGCCGCUUCAUUAUUGGUCUCUUCUGUGGUCUCUGCACUGGCUUUGUGCCCAUGUACAUCAGUGAGGUCUCGCCCACCAGCCUCCGUGGAGCCUUUGGCACCCUCAACCAGCUGGGCAUUGUUGUGGGCAUCCUGGUGGCCCAGAUCUUUGGCCUGGAAGCAAUAAUGGGGACUGAAGCACUUUGGCCGCUGCUUUUGGGGUUCACAGUCCUCCCAGCAAUCCUGCAGUGUGUGGCUCUUCUUUUCUGCCCUGAGAGCCCUCGUUUCCUACUGAUCAACAAGAUGGAGGAAGAAAGAGCACAAGCAGUUCUCCAGAAGCUCCGUGGUACACAAGAUGUGUCUCAAGACAUCCUGGAGAUGAAAGAAGAGAGUGCUAAAAUGUCCCAGGAAAAGAAAGCAACUGUGCCAGAACUAUUCCGUUCUCCAAGCUACCGCCAAGCCAUUAUCAUUGCCAUCAUGCUGCAGCUUUCCCAGCAACUCUCGGGCAUCAAUGCUGUAUUCUACUAUUCUACCGGGAUUUUUGAAAGGGCUGGUAUCACACAACCUGUGUAUGCCACUAUUGGAGCUGGCGUGGUAAACACAGUCUUCACUGUGGUGUCGCUGUUCCUGGUGGAGCGUGCAGGACGCAGGACCCUCCAUUUAGUUGGUUUGGGUGGCAUGGCUGUGUGUGCUGUUCUUAUGACCAUUGCUUUAGCUCUGAAGGACCUUGUGGCGUGGAUCAGAUACAUCAGCAUUGUUGCCACUUUUGGCUUUGUGGCUCUCUUUGAGAUUGGCCCUGGCCCUAUCCCCUGGUUCAUUGUGGCCGAACUCUUCAGCCAGGGCCCACGGCCUGCAGCCAUGGCAGUGGCUGGUUGUUCCAACUGGACCUCUAAUUUCUUGGUGGGAUUAUGCAGAGGUAAGAACCUGAAACUAUGUGGGUCCUAUGUCUUCCUCAUCUUCCUUGUUUUCCUGGUCAUCUUCUUUGUCUUCACAUUCUUCAAAGUGCCGGAGACCAAGGGCAGGACUUUUGAAGAUAUCUCCAGGGGCUUUGAAGGACGAGCAGGAGCCAGCCCCACAUCACCUGUAGAGAAGAACCCCAUGGUGGAGCUGAACAGCAUACAACCUGACAAAGAAGUUGCCUAA